GAUCGACAAGCGCCUGUGCUUUCGUCAGUAACUUUCUUUCCCAUUAACCAACAUGACUGGACGCGGCAAGGGAGGCAAAGGACUCGGUAAAGGAGGAGCAAAGCGUCAUCGCAAGGUACUGCGUGACAACAUCCAGGGUAUCACGAAACCCGCUAUCCGUCGUCUAGCCCGCCGUGGGGGCGUCAAACGUAUCUCUGGUCUGAUUUACGAAGAAACCCGAGGAGUGCUGAAGGUAUUCCUGGAGAAUGUUAUUCGUGACGCUGUCACCUACACCGAACAUGCCAAGCGUAAAACAGUGACUGCUAUGGAUGUCGUAUACGCGCUGAAACGUCAGGGACGUACCCUAUACGGGUUUGGAGGUUAACAAAUACCCCCAAAACAAAACGGUCCUUUUUAGGACCACAACAUGUUUGUCACCAAAAGAGUUUAUCAAUUUUAGUUUCUUAACAAAAAAAAACCACCAC